AUGCCCUCCCCUGCUUUUAAUUUACCUGAUUUGCUUCAGAAAGUUGCAGAGGUGGUGUCGGCUGGGAAUGGGAUGUUUUUGGUUACUAUUUUAAAAUUAUUUUUCCCUCUCUUUCUUUUGUCUCUUUCUUCCUCCUCUUCUUUUGUUGCUCUCUUCCUUUUCUUUCAUCUCUCUUCUCUGUCCUUUUGUCUCUCAUCUUCCUCCCUCUUGGUCAUCUCUCUCUUCUUUCUUCCUCAUGUUCAUCUCUCUCUUCUUCCUGUUUUUCUUUUGUCUCUCUUCUUUCUCCUUUUCUUUUGUCUCUUUUCUUUCUUUUUCCUUUACUUUUUUUUUCUUUUGUCUCUCUUUUUUUGUUCCUUGUAUUUUUUCAUUUCUCUUCUUCUUCUUUUUUUUCUUUUCUUCUUUUUCAUUUCUUUCAUUUCUUUUUUCCUUUUCUUUCAUUUCUCUUCUUCUUUCAUUUCUUUCUUUUCUUUUUUUCAUUUCUCUUCUUCUUCUUCUUCCUUUUCUUUUCUCUUUUCUUCUUCCUUUUCUUUUUCUUUCUUUUCUUUUUCUUUUCUUCCUUUUCUUUCAUUUCUCUUCUUCUUCCUUUUCUUUUGUCUCUUUUCUUUCUCCUUUUUUCUUUUCAUUCUCUUUUUUUCCUUUUUUUUUCAUUUCUUCUCUCUCCUCUUCUUUUUUUCAUUUCUUUCUUUUCCUUUUUUCUCUUCUUCUUUUUUCCUUUUCUUUCAUUUCUCUUCUUCUUCUUUUUCCUUUUCUUUCAUUUCUCUUCUUCUUCCUUUUCUUUCAUUUCUCUUCUUUUUCCUUUUCUUUCAUUUCUCUUCUUCUUCCUUUUCUUUCAUUUCUCUUCUUCUUCCUUUUCUUUCAUUUCUCUUCUUCUUCCUUUUCUUUUGUCUCUUUUCUUCUUCCUUUUUUUUGUCUCUUUUCUUUCUCCUUUUCUUUUCUCUUUUCUUUCUCCUUUUCUUUUGUCUCUUUUCUUUCUCCUUUUCUUUUGUCUCUUUUCUUUCUCCUUUUCUUUUUUCUUCCUUUUCUUUCAUUUUUCAUUUUCUUCUUUUCCUUUUUCUUUCUUCUUCUUUUCUUUUUCUUUUUUUCUUUUCUUUUUCCUUUUCUUUUCCUUUUUUUGUCUCUUUUUUUUUUGUCUUUCUUUUUUCAUCUCUCUUCUCCUUUUCUUUUUUUUCUUUCCUUUUUUUUGUCCUUUUUUUCUUCAUUUGUCUCUUUUUUUUGUCCUUUUCUUUGUGUCCUUCAUCUUUCUUUCUCUUCUUUUUACUCUGUUUUUUCUCCUCUCUCUUCAUUUUUUAUUCUUUCUUCCCAUUGCUUUCUUCUUCAUUUUUUUUUCUUUUGCAGUCUUUCCCUUUUCAGGAAUAUUUCCCCCUUCUCCCUCUUGCAGUCAUUCUGUCAUCCUCUCUGCUCUUUCUUUCUUUUUUCUCCUCCCAUCAUUACCAAUUUUGGUAUUUUCCUCUCUUUCUUACUCUCCUUUUUUUCUUUUUUUUCUUUUUUUUGACCCUCUUCUUUCACUCUUACCUUUCUUCCCUUUUACUUUUGAUAUCUUCCUCUAUCUCUUUUGUAAACCUGUUCAUUCACUUUCACCUUCUUUUUUGGUUUCUUUUUUUAUUCCUUUCUUUUUCUUUUCAAUUGUCACUUUUUCUCCUUUUCUUAUUUUUUUUUGCCUUAUUUCUUUUUUACUUUUCUUUUAUUUUUUUUGAUAUUUUCCUCUAUCAUUUUUGUUUUGAACAUGUUCCUUCAUUCUCAACUUUCUUCCUUUUUCUUUCAAUAUCUUCCUCUCUCUCUUUUUCUAAACCUUUCCAUUCAUUUUCACCUUCCUUUUGCUUUCUUUUCUUUUUCUUUUCAUUUCUUUCUCCUUUGCUAUUUUUCUCUCUCUCUCUCUCACAUUUGAACCUGCUUAAUCCUUUCCAUCCCUCUUUUCUCUGUUAUAUUCCUUUUGGUUCUUUUUUUUACUUUCGUUUUCUUUUCAUUUUUCUUUUUUUUUUUUUAAACUUUCUUCCUUUUUUUCAUUUUCAAUCAUAA